AGAAAGGCAAGACAGAGAGGGUGGUGGUCAAAGAGAGUAAAUAAAGUCAAAGUCAAAAUGUUUAUUGUUUUAUGCACAGUAAGGCAAUAUGUUUCCCUGCACAAUGAAAUGUAGCAUUCUGUGUUUGGUGUAUACAUAUGAACCCAGGCCAUAGGUCACAAAAACAAAACAUCUAUUUUUGAACUUGGAUUUUGAGAUUGGAUUGGAUUUUUGUUUAUUUCAGAUGUCAGGGCGACAGGUCUGCAGUCAUUCAGUUCCCUGGUGGAGGAUUUAUAUUCUAAUCUAAAUUGGACUGGUCCACACAGACACCCCUCUUUGUUCAGGUCUUUUGGUUCGUUCCAGCGGGGAGAGCGCCUCUUACAGCAGCGGCUGUUGAAGUCCAUUAGAUACGUAAAUGUCAGUGUGCUAACUGCAGUAUAAAGCAUGAAUAGCCACUUUGAGCUCACGCCAUGACAACGGUAUAAUUUGAAAAGCUGUAAAUUACCAGGAACAACAGAAUUUCCGUCUUUAAAGCUCUUCAAGUGGUAAACAUUAGUGUUAGCUUGUUGUCUUUGCUUUACCGUUAGCUAGCUUAUUAGCGACUUAAGUUGUUUUUGUGAAACAAAAUAAACACUACAAAACCGGAGAUGGACAAAAUAAAGAUUUUUGUAAGAUUCAGUACUUAAAUAGUGAACACAAAAAGCAGGAGAGCAGACACAGAAGGAGACUCUGAUGCAGCCGUUGGAUCUCAGCAGCAGGAACAGCCAAGCAGUCAGUUAGGGACAGGGGACACAGCAGCUUCUGCCACUGGAGAUGGUUUGAACCCGGGCCAGACCACGUUCUGCAGGAUGGGGGUGGAAUUACCUGACCGUCAUCUAGAUUCCAAUUCAAGGGGCUGUGACCAGCUGUGGACCUGCUAAACUGGACCAGGGGACAAACAGUUGCACCAGAUACAGCUACUGCUGCAGCACCAUGUCACAGGUGUUUCUCCUCUGGAGCAGAACCAAGGAUGGCUCCAUGAGGACACUUUCUGUUGGGACUCCCAGUGAAACCAAACUGAGCAUGUGCAGACCAACAGGUAUUUUGGUGAGAAUACUGAAUGACUUUUGAAGCUACAGAGAGAAGAUCUCCAAGCACUUUUACCUAAAUAAAAUCACUCAAGGAUCUUUCUGCCUUUGGAUGAACUGGACAGAAAAACAACGCACAAUAGCAUUCGUGUGUUAACAAAAUUGCAAAAGGAGAGAAACAUCUCUGAUGUUAUCCACUAAGGCCUCCCUUUUAUUUCCACCUCCUAAUUCCUGUUUCCAGCCUGGAUCUACAGUCUGUUUAAGUAAUGGAUGGGUACUUCAUGCUUCAUUAAACUUUUCGGCAGCCUUCGAAGGUUCAGCUGUCAUGCCUGGAAGUUUGCGGACCUUGUAACCCUUCACAACCCCUCCCAGCUCCCCCACCAUCCCCUCUCUUCUCCCACUUGUAACCCAUAGACGAGCUUCAAAAAAAUGGAGGCUCAUGAAUCAGCUGUCGUUGGGCAAAAAUGCUCAAAUAAGGAACCAGUGAAGGAUAAGGCACCUCUGCAAAGAAAGUGGGCAUCUGAGCCCUGUGCAACAACCAAACGAAGCACUUUUGCUGACCCAGAGGCAAAACACCGUGAGAGUUUGCCAUGUGGUGCCUCUGGAAGAUCAGCACCUCAGCAGAAGUAUGCAAUCACAGGGAAUUCUGGAAAGCUGCUAUCUGGACCCUCUGCAGUUGGAGCCGUAGGAGGUCCGCCACCUCAAGAUCCUCAAGGGCCCUUUGCUCAGGGGUUUCCAAGGGGAUACUCCUACCAGCUGGGUCAACCGUAUCCUCAGCACCCCCAAACUGAGCGCUUCCACUCAGGAGCUAAACCCCAGCCAGGCCUAGAGCCGCAUGCCUGGCCAUUUGUUGGCCAGUUGCCCUCGGAUGACCUGUACCCUGUAGGACACCCAGGACACACUCACCCUCAUGGGGCUGGGGCAGGGAGGUUUUCCCGCCAGAAAUCUCCCAGUUUACCCAGCUCCUUUAGACAGUAUUCUCAGUCAGGCCCUGAUCCUGGAGAGGAGGGCUACAGCAAAAAAGAACAGAAGCCGAAAAAGCCCGGUAAGUACAUUUGUCACUACUGUGGUCGAGCUUGUGCCAAGCCCAGUGUCCUAAAGAAGCACAUCCGCUCACACACUGGAGAGAGGCCAUAUCCUUGUGUACCUUGUGGCUUUUCCUUCAAAACCAAGAGCAACCUUUACAAGCAUCGCAAGUCCCACGCUCAUGCCAUCAAGGCUGGACUCGUACCAUUUUCAGAGCUAGCCGUGGCCCGCAGCGGGGAAAUGGACCAGGCAUCGCCAGGGGGCGAGGCUGAGGUCCACUCAGAUGGAGAACAGAGUACUGACACAGAUGAGGAAGGUGUGGAGGCCUCUACCAUGCUGACAGACAAAGACAGCCUUGUGCCACAGAUCUCCUUCAAAGCCGACAAGAGCACAGGUGUUGCAGAACCACCAUAUGCAGACUCAGCUGAAGAGCUGCCUGUGGGGUCUAUGAAAGUGCCUAUCCUUAUCAUCCCCAAGCCUGGGGGAGUCCCCUCCACAGGGAUGGCAUGCCAUCCCUUUCAGGACAUGAAAGGGUCACAUCACAUGUUGGCAUCACAGGCUGGCUCCCCCACCAUCAAAGAACGUUUGUCUCUGAGGCUGAAUGAGAAAAAAGGCCAGGACUCGGACUCUGUCUUGUCCCAGUCCCUGAACCUCCUCAGUCCUCACAGCAAAGGCAGCACAGACUCUGGCUAUUUUUCUCGGUCUGAGAGUGCAGAGCAGCAAAUCAGCCCUCCAAAUACUAAUGUCAAGACGUAUGAAGAGAUUAUGUUUGGUCGGACUUGGUACUACCGACCCAACUCCAGAUCCAGACAGUCUAUCACAGUGGGCGUGGCAGGAGCAGACCCAGGCAGCCUGGCUAGCUUAAAACAAUCAGGUGCUAUUCUAGACAUGGGAAAGAUAGCUGAGGAUCAUAUCUGUUUCAGAGGGGAUGUAGGCAUCUCUGGCGAUCCCAAGCAGUAUCCCACCAGACCUUGUCAAAGCAGUACAGGGCUUCUGGAGCCUCCAUCAGAUUCUGGGCCCCUUAUUAGGAGUAAUUCAGUGCCAACAUCCUCCCCACCUAACCUCAGUGUCCCCCCAGGGAUUCGAGGCAGCCACUCCUUUGAUGAGAUGAUGACAUCGGAUGAUGUGUUUUACCCACCAGGGCUUCGUAGACUCCAGAGACAAGCUGCAUUUGAGCAUUCAACCAAUGAACCCCAUGUAGGAGAGGCUGAGGGCUAUGGAUAUAUGCCUAAGAAUUUAGCUUCAUCACUGGGUAUGAAGAUUGGUGAGCGCAGCCCAUAUGGUACAAGAGUUAGCAUGUCAGAAAUAGCCACAAGAAAGAGGAGGAAGGAGAAGAGUGUUGGGGAUGAGGAGGACAGCCCUGGACAAUGUGACAGUAGCUGUAGUAGUUCAGUGGAGAUGAUAGGGGACUAUGAGUUUAAACAAAGUAGUCUUGAUGGGUCCAGAGCCACCCUAACAGGGAAGGGCUCACUUCAUAGUGCUCACAGCCAGUCUGACAGUUUUGACACCUGUAACAGCAUGUGUUCUGAGGACAUUGCCUUGUUUCCUGACUCUGAGGGCAGGAAGGCAGCUGGCAAUGUCAUAUCAGUCAUCCAGCACACCAACUCCCUCAGCCGACCAAAUUCCUUUGAGAAGUCAGAGUCCUUUGAACAGCCAGGAUUUCAGCCUUCAGAUAAAGCUCCAUCUAGCCAAUACUCUGAACAGUCCGACACAGAGAUCUUUGAAGAUGCUCUGAGUCCUGAAUCAGCCCUACUGAGGACAGAGAGCAUGGAGCAGCAGCUGCAAAGUGACAGUGACCUGGCCUCUCUCUCAUCUUCAUCAGCUGCGGCCUCACCUGGCCAGCCUUACCACAUCCCGCACAAACUAGUCCGACAACCUAACAUUCAAGUUCCUGAGAUCAGGGUGACGGAGGAGCCAGACAAGCCUGAGAAAGAUACAGAAGCACCAAUGACCAAGGAACCAGAGAAGCAGCAGCAGCAGCAUGUUGAGGAGUUCCAGCUGCCACAGAGGAGUGACACGCUCUCCCAGAUGCCAUCGGAAAAGCUCCCACCCAAGAAGAAGAGGCUGCGCCUGGCAGAUAUAGAGCAUUCAUCUGGAGAAUCAAGCUUUGAGUCAACCUGCACAAGCCUAUCUCGCAGCCCUAGUCAAGAGAGCAAUCUGUCCCACUCCUCUUCUUUCUCCAUGUCCUUUGACAGAGAUGAAGGCCUCAAGUCUGCCUCACCCACCAAACAGGAUGAUUCGUUGACUUCCAGUGGCGGAGCAAAGCAAUCAGAGUUCUUGACAGUGCCUGGCAGCGGUCAUUCCAGCCAUCACCAACAGAGGGAGAUGAGGAGAUCUUCAUCAGAGCAGGCACCGUGCACCCUGCCCACAGAGUUGCCUGAAAUGCGCAGCAAAUCCUUUGACUAUGGAAGCUUGUCCUCCUCCAGACAGGGAGAGGUGUACUCCAGUGCCUCUGCAAUGAAGGAACGCCGGCGUGGAUAUCUCGUCCGACAGGCCUCACUGAGUGUUUAUCCAGAGGCAGUCAUCCAGGAACCAGGGGGCGCAGAGAUGUCAAUCAAACAGGAGAGUUUGGACCAUGGGGUGUGGCCUGGACCAGCAGGAUCCCUCCACAGCAGCAGCGAUGUAGCCGGCAGAACCAAGAGAGCUGGCAGCAGCACUGGUGGUGUAGGGUCUCACCAACACCAACAGCACCACCAGCAUCUCCUCCAGCAGAGUAUCAGUGAGGACAGCCUGCAGGAUGAACCUCUUUAUGGCAGGUCCCAGCAGUAUCGCCUGCAGGCCCAGGGCUCAUCAUCUGAGGGGGAACUUCCAGGUCACGAGGCUGUGAACAAGGAAGUAAAUCAGCAGUACCAGAGCGGUCCCCCAUUCAUUUCCUUCCAGCAGCCAGGUCUGUUCUGGAGUCAGGAGGCCGGACAGGCACCCAGACAGCAGCUCACCCUCCAGGCCCAGCAGCAGAUCCAGAAACUCCACAUCAGAUCACCAGGCAAACAACAACCACUCCACCCCCUGCAGCAAAUCCAUGAUCAACAUCCAUAUGAUGGAAAAUCAGAAAACCCGAGCUCUCAGAUGUACCCCACCUCAUUUUCAUCUCGCACUUCUCCUCUGCCCCAGCAACAACAGCAAAACCUUGGCUGUCUUUCCUCCAAGCUGUUGCUGCCCAGCUCCACCAACACUCCCAUGCUUCUGCAGCAGAUCCAACCCAUCUUUGCCACCCAGAACUUGGUCCCCCAGUCUUCUCUGCCUGGUAUGCUGGUUCCUGUGCGGAUCCAAACCCAUGUGCCAUCAUUUGGGACUGCUAUGUACACCAGUGUUAGCCAGCUGAUAGCUGCCAAUGGCAGUGGAGCACAAGGGAUAGGCUCCACCAGGCCUGGAGGUGCUGAGAACAGCAACAUGUCUCCUCCAGUUUGUGUUGCAAGUGUCAGCAAACCACCUGGAGGACUUGGAGGAGGCAUAAGUGGGGCAGGUUUCAACCUGUCUCACCUCCUAGGACAGACCGAUGGCUCAGUGCUGCACUACCCACUCUCAAAGGUUUCAGAUGCACUGCCAGAACAACGCCUGAACACAGGGAUACCGCUGUCACUAACGUCGGGCACCAUAUCCACCACAGACGCCUCAGGGUCUGGCAUUGGAGGAAGCAAGCGCAUGCUUUCUCCCGCCAGCUCUCUGGAGCUCUUCAUUGAGACUAAGCAGCAGAAAAGAGUGAAGGAGGAGAGGAUGUAUGGACAAAUUGUUAAGGAGAUGAGUGCCGUGGAACUGAGUGGAACUGAAAGCAGUAACAAGCCUGACAAGGGUCAGAGCAUAGGCCAUCACGCCCAUCUGAAGAGUGAAGGCUCCAUGGAUGACUCUGAAAGAAUGUCCUCUUCUCCUCCACUAAGUGACUUCCCCAUUGCCACAAAGAUUGCCAUUCCCGUCCGAUCCUCUGCCCCCCACCUUUCUGACCUACCACGGGCUGAGAGCUUCACCCCUCCUCUCCAGAUUGUCACAGACCGUUCCCCAGUUGCAGGUGGCCGGGACUCUCCAGAGGAGCUGGAUGUGGACGAUUCAGCCCCAGAGCCCAAAUCCAGCCCCCAGUCCGUGGUCUCCUCCAACGAUGCAGAAGACACUGACAACACAAAGCAACCUCCACCCAGUAAAAUGCCUGUCAACAUGCUUGUUCAACUAGCUGCCAAUCAGAGCGCAGGACUGUCCGGAGCAGUGGGCCAGACUCUCCUACUCACAGAUAUCACUGAUGUCCAGCAGUUUUUCCGGUUCCCUAGCCUGCGCACCAUGAGUAGAGUCAGCUGGUGUUUCCUGAACUACACCAAACCCAACAACACCCAAGCCGCCUUGCGUAGCUCUGUCUACAGCUCAUGGUGUGUAAGCUCAUACAAUCCCAACCCUCUGAACCUCAGUACCAAGGCUGCGUUAGCCCUGCUGCGGUCCAAACAGAGGAGAAACAUCAAUUCGAUAUACACAACUGCAGCCAUGUCCCCACCCAGCUCUGGAAAACUGGUGUCAUCUGUGGCCUGGAAGCUGAGGUUUGAUCAGUUGAAGCCAGAGCUGAUGCCAGUCGAUGUCAGUAAUUUUGGGAGGAAGAUGAAGGGAGUGGUGUCGUGGGACCGUUUGAAGGAGGAGCAGGUAGAGAAGGAGGUCUCAGUCAAACAGCCUGCCAACGAACCGAUCCGUAUCAAGAUCUUUGAAGGCGGGUAUAAAUCAAAUGAAGACUAUGUUUAUGUUCGUGGUCGUGGUCGAGGGAAAUACAUCUGUGAGGAGUGUGGCAUCCGCUGCAAGAAACCCAGCAUGCUGAAAAAACACAUCCGAACACACACCGACGUCCGACCGUAUGUCUGCAAGUUCUGCAACUUUGCAUUCAAAACAAAAGGAAACUUGACGAAGCACAUGAAAUCAAAGGCUCAUAUGAAAAAGUGUCUGGAGUUGGGAGUCUCCAUGUCGUCGGUUGAAGACACUGAGGCAGACGAAGGAGAUGUCGGUGAGGAAGGUCAGAAGUCUUCUGAGAAGAUUUCCGGCCGUGUAAUGGCAGAGCACCAGUUCUCAGAUGCAGAUGACUCAGAGGGUGGAGAGGAAGAUGGCGAUGAGGUGGAUGAUGAAGAUGAUGAAGAUGAUGACUACGACGGCGACUCAACUCCAAAGACUCGCUCACGCUCCACCAGCCCACAGCCCUAUAGCCUGCCUUCCCUGUCGAUCACAGCUGUGGCUGCCUCCCAUUCUGCUCCUCACCUGUCUCAGCAUUCAGCGUCCGACCUCCUGGGUAACGCCAGCAAGCCUCCACUCUUUGGUUACUUCACCACCGUGCCAAGUAUCCAGAUCACACCGCAGGCUCCGCCCAGCGACCCGGCCAGGAGAGAGCGCAGUCAGACAGAGUACCAGCGAAGCCCACAGAGGGCAAUGGAUAGCAGGCUGCUGGUUCCACCCUCUUCCUCCAUGGAUGAAGACCUUCCUGUCCCCUCUCCAGACCUCUCCUCCUCCUCCUCCCGCCUGUCCUCACCUGGGCUGGACCACUCUAGCUGCCCGUCACCCAUCUCCCCUUCCUCCUCACCUUCAGCCCGCCGGUACCUCUCCCCACGUCGUGACCUCUCACCCCGUGCUGGACACCUCUCGCCCCGGCGGGACAUCUCACCUCUCCGUCACAUCUCCCCGAAGAGAGACCUCGGGGCGGCAGGGGGAUACCGCCGAGACCUGUCCCCCAGGAGGGGACACCUCUCACUGCUCUCCCCGCUCUCUCGACCCAUAUCUCCAGCAGGAAGAGACUACAAGCGUGACCUUUCACCACGAGGCCGCAACAGAGGGAUGAUCUGGCCUGUUUCCCCUCGCCGAGGGCUCCACCAACACCUCCACCAUCAAAGCCAGCAGACUGGAGCCCGGGGCCUGAAGCCAAGUCAUCAGCCUCAGGAAGAGUUUGGCCCUCUGGGACAUCACAGAACUGGCGCAGAUAUGGAGAUGGAACAUCUUCCAGGUUUACCAGGGGACCAGGCUGGUAGCCGUGGCAACCAAUCUAGCCCGCCCCACCAAGGCCUGUUUAGUCACCUCCCUCUCCAUUCUCAACUUCAGGUGCGUUCGCCCUACCCGAUGAUCCCCAUUGGAGGGAUCCAGAUGGUACACUCCGUCCCCACAUCUGUCACCACCCCUCUGGCCCAGCAGGGGGCACAGCAGGCCGCGUCCCGCCUGGUGCUGCAGAAGAGCACGUCAGAGGACUCCAUCACCAGCGAAGCUGCUUCCCCAUGUCUCACCUCCGUCACCCAGAGGGUAGGACGAGGAGGAGCAGGAGGAGAGAGGGUAAGGGAGUCAUCAUCGCCUCACUCCUCCUUGCAGGAGAAGGAAGGGAGAGGAGUGAGGCAGGAGCAGGAGGAGAGCAUCCAGACCUGCACCAAGGCCAUCGCCUCGCUCUACAUUGACUCAGAGGAGCCCGCUGAGGGAGGAGGAGGAAGCAGAGGGGACGAAGGGAAAGAUGGAGGCAGAGCUCUGUCCUCCUCUUCCUCUCCUUCUUUAUUGACCCCCGACUCCCAACAACAACAGCAGCGCUCACCAUCCUUCUCCAUGUCACCCCCUUCUCACCCCUCGCCGUCUCCACCUCAAGGUCCCAGGAUACAGCACUUUAGCAGCCUGGAGCUCAGGCCUCCCCACCCCUCCAUCCCUGGCUCUCCUCACUCCUCCCACUCUUCCUCUUCUACCUCCCCUCACCCUCCGAGCCCUGGAUCUGACGCCCUCCAGCCUCCAACAGUGUCCAAACCUCACAAGCUGGAGAGAGACAAGGAGGCAGAAAGCACAAAAAGAAACAAAGACGUGUCAUAGUUCUGCAGGAGAAGAACAAGAGAAACGUUGGAUUUCUGUUUUUGUUUUUGGAUAAUAGGAAGGGAUGAAGUGCAACAGAGAGAGAAAAAUAACUUUUGCACAUUUUACACACACAUUUCUUCUAUUUCAGCCAAUAAAUACACACCCUCUCUCACUCGCAUACUGUACAACACAUACAAAGAAACAGCUCUCGUCAAAAAAAGACUAAAUCUCAGACGGACGUCUUCAGUCCAUGUACGUGUACAGCAUGUCUGUUCUAACCGGGGCCUGCUACCAGAGACCUUGAGGUUUGGUGUUCAGUUACACAUGGCGACUCCCAGCAACACAAGCCUGACCAAAAUCUGUUACACAACAACAGGGCUGUGGUUAAACGGUACGGCAGUUACGUGUGUGCCUUUUUUGUUCUUUUUUGUUUGUUUGUUUUUUUGCUUAUGUUCUUAUAAGCAAACAAAGCAGGAAGGUAAAUGUAAAUACAGUUCUAUCACAUUUUGUGUAUCAGCUUUGUAAUCAAUGCAACCCCCACCCGGUCCUCCUGCCCCUUUUUUUCUUCCCUGACCUCCUGUGUUUCUUUAUCUUUGUUUGUUUGUUUUUGUUUUUGGACACCUUAAAAGUCUUGACAAGCGAUGUGAAGUUAUGGAUAUUACUAUUAUGUAUGGUUGCACUAAAACGUAUUUUUAUAUGAGUGAAAUUUAAAGAAUGGCUUUUUUGUGUACAGCAGCAAUUCUAUAAUACUAUUUAUUAUUGUUACCAUGUUUCAUAAAUUGUACAUUUUUUCUUAAAUGUCGUGGAUGCCUUUUUCUAUGUAAAGCAUGGGUUUUUGCUAUCGCUUACAUUAGGGCGAAGAUAUGUACACUGUAAUAUGGCUUUAUAUGUUAGACCUAUUUAUAUACGUCUAAGUGAGCCCCCUCUACUUGGAGGUAUAUACACAUAGAAGUAAGAUUUACCAGAAUAUUUACCCAGCAUAUGGAUACAUACAAUAUAAAGAAUCUAUCUAUCUGUCUAUCUAUCUAUCUAUCUAUCUAUCUAUCUAUAUGCACUUAACAUUUAGAAUGGAAUUCACAUUAGAGGUUAUGGUCAUUUUGCUUGUACAUUUUCUCGACUGCUCUUCGCCUCUCCCUGUUUGUGUUUCUACUUCCUUUUGUGGUAUUAUUUCCUGUUUUUCUUUUGAUUUUCAUGAGGCACAGACUCGCUCUCAGCAUUAAGUGAACGAACAUGCCUUCUUGCACCGUGGCAUUCACACCCCCUCCUCCAUACGCCCCCUACACCCGAUAUUAAUAAUGUGCAGAUUAAAAGUAGUCUCACACUCGUUCACAUGACUUUUCUUGAAUGAAUAAAGGGUUUUAUUCACUGGAUACGUACAGUAAACAGGGAAACAUUCCAUUCCAUGUAAAUACCCAGUCAACCCCGUUGAGAGAUACAUACGUUUUUUGGCAUUGAUGCACAUUGUGGCCAUUGCAAUCAACCCACAGAAGCUCUUAUUUAAUGGCUUAAUUUCUGGGGACUCGUACAAACACACACAAAAGCACUCUGACAAAUGCACCUUAUAUUUCUUAUGUGAAAGCCCCAGGACUCUGAUCAGUUUUUCCAGUAGACGUGUGUAAGAGGAGCUCUGUGCUCUGAACCCUGAGGCUGUCUGAAACAUAAUAAUAAUACUUUGAACAGUUGUGACCCUGAGGCUUUUUUGACCCCUCUGUCCUCCCUCCUCCUGUCCUGGAUGUCCCUUUUGUAGCUAAGCAAUAUUUAGCCAAAACUCUGCUCACCAGCAGGGAGUGUGUUUGUUGCAAGGCAACAAUAGCAUAUUUAAAAAUCCUAAAAUCAGGAGAAGAGGGGGGCAGUUGGAGGUCGUGGUGACUUUCAGUGACACAGCUCUAACAGUUCUGGGUGGAGUCGGGCAGGCUCCGAUGUGAGUGUGUACCUCUGUAUUCUGUAUCAGUGUGUAUUUGACAAGUAUAUCCCCUUCUUACAUCUUUCCUCUAUUUCGAUCCUCCCUUUGUUAUGUAGACUUAUCAUGAUGACAAUGAUGUCUUUAAAAAAAUCUUUCUCUCUUUCAAAGAUAUCAAAGCACAAGUCAUUGUAUAAAAAUGACAACCAUACAAAAAAAAGACAAAAAAAGGUAAACGUGCAUAUAAAAGGGUAACUUUUGUGAUGGUGUUCCGUGGAAUUAAUACAAAUAUAAUGUAUGACCCCAGCUGCAACAAGGAAUCGCGGUAGAAGUGGAAAAAAUGGAUUGUUGUUUUCAAAUAAAUAUGAAUA